UCCAGCAGUCUCACUCAGUGCGUACUACCCGACCAAGAAAGAGCUGCGUCAACCGAUCCCAAGCCAAGGGAUGCAAGAGGAAAUCGCUCUCUCUCUUAAGUGAUUUUCCUUCUCCCUUUCAGCACGCUGCUGAACAUGCAACGCUUCUAAGGCGUCAACACCAUGGCACUAGAAUGACUCGGGUGGCCGAAGCAUCGCGUCUUUGAUGGCUGUGUGCAAGAGCCGGGCUUUCAUGGCGUUCCCCUCGACGCACUCCCAACAGCCGUCGACGGGCUGCCACAGUUCACAUUACGCUCCUCAGACACAACAAGAAACCCAGCCUGAUCGACCUAUCGGUUAUGGAGCUUUCGGCGUAGUGUGGUCUGUGACAGAUCCGAGGAAUGGAAAGAGGGUCGCUUUGAAGAAGAUGCCGAACGUUUUUCAAAGUCUCACGUCUUCGAAAAGGGCUUACAGGGAACUGAAGAUGCUGUGUUUUUUCAAACAUAACAACGUACUCUCCGCUUUGGACAUCGUUCAUCCAGGCCAUGUAGACUUCUUCCAAGAGAUAUAUAUAGUUUCAGAAUUAAUGCAGUCAGACUUGCACAAAAUUAUUGUGUCCCCACAACCACUUAGUUCAGAUCAUGUUAAAGUUUUCCUGUAUCAGAUUUUACGAGGACUUAAAUAUCUUCAUUCUGCUGGUAUUUUACAUAGAGACAUAAAACCUGGAAAUUUGUUAGUUAACAGCAAUUGUCUUUUAAAGAUUUGUGAUUUUGGUCUUGCACGUUUAGAAGAGCCUCAUGAGAGUGCAAUUAUGACACAAGAGGUUGUUACACAGUAUUACAGAGCACCCGAGCUUUUAGCUGGAGCUACAAACUACGGACAAGCAGUGGAUGUGUGGUCAGUUGGGUGUAUUUUUGCCGAACUCUUAAGUAGGAAGAUCCUAUUUCAGGCCCAGAGUCCAGUUCAGCAGCUUAACCUUAUCAUCAAUUUGCUGGGAACGCCUAGUCUGGAUGAGUUAUGUCGUGCCGGGGCCAGUGAGGGAGCUACUAAAUACAUCCUUCAGAAAGGACACAAGGCUCCUACCCUUGCUACAUUGUACAAUCUGUCCAAUCAAGCCACACAUGAGGCUGUUCACUUGCUUUGUAGAAUGUUGGUGUUUGACCCUAAAAAGCGAAUUACUUGUACUGAUGCAUUAUCCCACCCUUAUCUUGAUGAAGGAAGGUUAAGAUUCCACACGUGUAUGUGCAAGUGUUGUCACACAACACCAGCUGGACGGCAGUAUGUUUCAGACUUUGAACCCCUUUGCCAAUCAAAAUUUGACGAUUCUUAUGAAACAAGUCUUUACUCUGUUUCUCAUGUGAAAGGUUUGUUAAAACACUUUUGAUUA